AUGGGCUCCAACGUCAGCCAGGCCGGGGCCCCUCCUCCACCUCCUCCCACAUACGCGUCGACCCCUCCCCCCUUCGCGCCCGCUGCCGCUGACACCGCCUUCGCCACCCCGCCGCCGAAGCCCCAUGAGGAGGAGGCGACCGAGGAGAAGGUGGACUACCUCAACCUCCCGUGCCCCGUCCCGUACGAGGAGAUCCAGCGCGAGGCCUUCAUGGCGCUGAAGCCGGACCUCUUCGAGGGCAUGCGCUUCGAUUUCACCAAGAUGGUCACCCCGUACUUCGCUUUGAGUCACAGCGUUUACAUGGGAUCCACUGAGAUCCCGGCACAGGGGAGCGACGUGAUCAAGGUUCCCACCUCUAAUUAUGAGUUUGGUGCCAACUUUAUCAAUCAGAGGACGAUGCUCAUGGGGAGGGUUUCACAUGAUGGAAGGGAGAACAUCCGUAUCAAGCACGAUAUUACGGACAACCUUUCGUUAAAGAUAAAUGCUCAGUUGACAAGUGAGCCUCACUACUCCCAAGGGAUGCUGAAUUUUGAUUAUAAGGGCAAAGAUUUUAGAUCUCAGAUUCAAUUUGGAAACAAUGGCUUCUAUGGAGCAAACUACAUCCAGAGUGUCACCAAGAACCUUUCCUUGGGAACUGAAGCCUUUUGGCUUGGGCAGCAAAGGAAGUCUGGAGUCGGUGUUGUUGCUCGCUAUGACACAAAGAAAAUGGUUGCGACUGCCCAAAUUGCAACCACUGGAAUGGUCGCGCUUAGUUAUGUACAGAAAGUAUCUGAAAAGGUUUCCCUUGCGUCUGAUUUCAUGUACAACCAAAUGACAAAGGAUGUAACAGCAAGCUUUGGUUAUGAUUAUAUGCUGAGACAGUGUCGAUUGAGGGGGAAACUGGAUACCAAUGGUGUAAUUUCUGCUCUUUUGGAGGAGCGGUUGACUCCAGGUGUCACUUUCCAGUUGUCUGCAGAGCUUGACCACUGGAAGAAAGAUUACAAAUUUGGGUUCGGUAUGGCUCUCGGAGAGUAA